CCAGGCUAUGAGCUCAGGGUGGUAUUUUUAGAGGCACCGCAAAACUUCACUUGGUGAAGGGCAGAGCGGAACGGCAGCCCCGAAAGAAAGCAGGCAGGCUACAAGGCGACACUGUUCAUCGGGCUCACCUUUCCCAAUGCCUCCCUCGCCACUGGAAGAACGGAUCGGCGUGCUGCAGAGACCCAAGACUUUGGCCCUGCGCCUCAACCACAGCUUCACGCACACCGGCAGCGGCGAGAAGCAGCAGCAGCAACAGCCCACCCCGCCACCGGUCUGCAAACCGCCCGGCCAGGCCCCGCCGGCUCCCAAGGGCUCCUGCGAAGAGGGCCGCCGGGGCGGCGUCCUCCAACCCAACCAUUCCCACACCAUCGACAUCAAGUUGACGGUGGGGGCCGCGCAGGGCCGGGCGCCGGAGAGGAACCUCUCCCUGCAGCUGGACCUUAAGCCUGGCGAGAAAAAUGGGGGGCUGAAGGUCUUCCUGCCCCAAGCCAAGCUCAAAAAGCGGAGCUUCAAGGAGAACUCCAAGCCACCGGUGGACACCUCCGCCAACUCCUCCUGCCUCUCCAGCCCCGCCAUGCACCCCCUGAAGUGCGGCUGCCGGGGCUGCUGGCGGCUGCUGCGUUGCGGCGACGCCGGCCCCAAGUCAGGCCUGCGCGCCCUGGGCUGCCUCUCCUGCCGCUCCAGCUUGCGCUCCCUGAGCUGCUCCAGCUGCAGCCCGCCGUCCGUCAAGAAGUUGGGCUGCUUGCCCUGUGCCCCGGCGGCCCUCCGCUCCUUGGCCUGCCUGGCCUGCAACCCCUCAGUCAAGUCGGCCACCUCCUCCUGCAGCUUCUGCAGCAGCGACCCCAUCGUGGCCUACGACCCCCGAGCGGGCUCGUCCCCGGCCCCCAGCUGCUACGGCGUCGGCGACGACGACGACGACUACAGCGUCCGCACCAUCUGGCCCGAUGAACUCGCCAAGAAGAUGACCAGGUCCCGGGCCCAGCCGCAGCCCUCCCCCUUGAUCUUGGACUGCCGCAACCUGGUGGAGUACACCAAGAGCCAGCUGCAGGGCGCCAUGCGCUUCGGGGCGGCCGAAGCCGCCGGCCGCCGCCGGCUCCAGCAGGGCAAGCUGGCCGUACUCGACUUCAUCUCCUCCCGGGGGGCCUGCGACGGCAGGGACUCCUCGCUGCAGCGCCUCUGGUCCAAGGAAGCCGGCGGUUGCGCCGGCCCGGAGACGCAGCCCGCCAGCCCCCCGAAACCCCGCAAAACGCAGCCCUCGCAGAAUCUGCACCUGGUGUUGGAUCUGCUCCACAAAGACGGGCAGGAGGGGCCGGGCAGGAGAGGUAGCCCAAUCGGGUUGGAGGUUGCCAACGGGCCCGACGACCUGGGCCCGCCGCUCACGCCCGACUUGGAGAACGCUGAGCUGAGCCCCAUCCUGCCGUUCCUGUUCCUGGGCAACGAGAGAGACGCACAAGACCUCGAGCGGAUGCUGAGCCUCAACGUGGGCCACGUCCUAAACGUCACCACCCACCUGCCCCUCUACCACGCCGACAGCGGGCGCCUCCGCUACAAGCGCCUGCCCGCCACCGACAACAGCCGUCAGGACCUCCGGCAGUACUUCGAGGAGGCCUUCGAAUUCAUCGAAGAGGCGCACCAGAGCGGCAAAGGGGUCUUGAUCCACUGCCAGGCGGGCGUCUCGCGCUCGGCCACCAUCGUCAUCGCCUACCUGAUGAAGCACACCCUCAUGACCAUGGGGGACGCCUACAAAUACGUCAAGGGCCGCCGGCCCGUCAUCUCGCCCAACCUCAACUUCAUGGGGCAGCUGCUGGAAUUCGAGACGGACCUCAACGCGGGCGUCACGCCCCGCAUCCUCACCCCCAAGCUGGCCGGGGUGGAGACCGAGGUCUGAACAAGAUGGAGGCCGGGG